CCUUGUAUAAUAACAACAGAGUGUUUGCUGAAACCUAUAUAAACAGCAAAACCAAAGGCAAAAUUCAACAGUUUGGAUUUUUCUUUCUAAAAGAGGGAUACCAAUAAGUUAAGUUAUAAAACUGCAGAAAAGCACAUGACCAAGAGUUCCUGAUCGUCUCAGAGUUGGAGGUGAAAGUAGAAUGCAUUUUGUUCGUUUUCAGACUACGAGAUAAUCACACAACACAAUCCUGUUUUCAAACAGCUCAUCUGAAAUAGCGAAAAGAGAUAAUGGAUCGUUCUCCUGAACAUAAUUACUUUGUCGUACGACCAAUUUACUCUAAACCUACUUUUGAAGAAGACAAUGAAACUAAAGCCAGAGUGCCUAAGACUUUCCGAGACAAACUUCAAAAGUCAUGCACCUGCUCGAGCAAAAGGGCCCUACGUGUGGUCAAGAGUAUGUUCCCCAUUCUGGACUGGUUGCCUAACUACAGAGUAAAGGAGUGGCUGCCCAGUGACAUUAUCUCAGGAGUCAGUACUGGACUUGUGUGUACUUUACAGGGUCUGGCUUUUGCACUGCUGGUUGCAGUCCCUCCCAGAUAUGGUCUGUAUGCAGCCUUUUUCCCCAUUUUACCCUAUUUCAUUCUGGGGACCUCAAGACACAUUUCUGUAGGCCCCUUUCCAGUGACCUCUCUGAUGGUAGGAUCAGUGGUUCUAACCAUGACUCCUGACUCCAACUUCAUAAAGACCAUUAAUGGGACAAGUGGCAAUGGAACAGCUAUAAUCGAUACAAACGCCCGGGACGCACAAAGAGUACUUGUGGCUAUAACAAUGACCUAUCUCAUUGGAUUUUUCCAGCUGGGUAUGGGAGUGUUGCAGAUUGGCUUUAUAGUCCGGUAUCUCUCUGAUCCUUUGGUUGGAGGAUUUACCACUGCAGCUGCAUUCCAAGUGUUUGUCUCUCAAGUGAAAAUAAUCCUUGCUGUACCAACAGGAAAUUACAACGGAGUUUUAUCUGUUAUAUACCCAAUCAUUGACAUAUUUAAAAACAUUCGGCAAACCAACAUUGCAGACCUGGUUGCUGGGUUGUUAACAAUUCUUAUUGUAAUGGUGGUCAAGGAAAUCAAUACUAAAUACCAGCAUAAGAUCCCAGUACCUAUUCCCAUUGAAGUGAUAGUGACUAUCAUAGCAACAGGCAUUUCGUAUGGAGUAGACCUGAAGUCAAAGUAUAAUGCCAACAUUGUACAGAACAUCCCUAGAGGAUUUCUGCCCCCUCAGAACCCUGAUGUGACGUUGUUCUCGAGCAUUGUGAGCUCCAGUUUCUCCACGGCUGUGGUUGCGUAUGCUGUGGCUGUUUCUGUAGGUAAAGUGUACGCUACAAAGCAUGACUACGCCAUAGAUGGAAAUCAGGAGCUCCUUACGUUUGGAAUCUGCAAUAUUUUCACGGGAGCUUUCUCUGGGUUCAUUGCCACCACUGCAUUGUCACGCACAGCUGUUCAGGAGAGCACUGGUGGAAAGACACAGAUUGCUGGCAUAAUCUCAGCUGCACUAGUAUUGGUCGUUAUAUUUGCACUGGGCAGCCUGCUGGAACCUCUUCAAAAGUCUGUCUUGGCUGCCAUCAUCAUUGCUAAUCUGAAAGGAAUGUUCAUGCAAGUUUUGGAUGUUCCUCGUCUGUGGAGGCAGAACAAAAUAGACUCUAUAAUCUGGGUUUUCACCUGCAUUGGAUGCAUAAUCCUGGGACUUGACCUUGGGCUGCUGGCAGGUCUUGUGUUUGAGUUGGUCACGGUGGUGUACAGAACUCAGUUCCCCACCUGUUCUGCUCUGGGGAACUUUCCAGGGACAGAUAUCUACAAGAAUAUCAAAGACUACAAGCACGUUGCAGAAAUACCUGGAAUCAAAAUCUUCAAAUGCAAUUCACCAAUUUUCUUCGCUAACAUUGACUACUUUAAAGACCGCUUGAAGGCAGUAGUCGGUGUUGAUGCUGCCCGAGUGUUGAAGAAGAGGACAAAGGCACUGAGGAUGAUCCAGAAUCUCAUUAAGAAAGGAAGGUUAAGAGCUACAAAGAAAGGUGUGGUGUCUACCAUGGGGAUUGAUAACGAGGGCUUUGAGAUGGAGAAGGAGCUGGAGGAGAUGGAGGAGAGCAGUAUUCCCACCACAGAGGUGGAGAUACGAGUGGACUGGGAUUCUGACCUGCCAGUGAAGGUGGCAGUGCCUAAAGUCAGCUUCCACAGCCUCAUCCUGGACUUUUCUGCGGCAUCCUUUCUUGACGUCGUAUCUGUGAAGUCCUUAAAGUUGGUCAUUAAAGAAUUUCAGAAAAUAGGUGUGAAUGUCUAUAUCGCUGGAUAUGAUGAUGAAAUUGCUCAAAAAAUGGAAUUCUGUGGCUUUUUUGAUGACGCAGUGAAGAAAGACAUUAUGUUUAUAUCUGUGCAUGACGCAGUCCUCUUUAUUAAGAUACAAACUAUAAAUGGCGCCAUUCAAGAUCCAAUCUUUGAAAAGAUCUCUUUGAUGCAGGAUUCCAAAGAGCCUCUGACCUUCACCGAUGAUGAAACAGAAGAAACUUAUGACAAUCAAAGAAGGGCUAUCCAUGGACUGUCUAGCUAAGCCUGGGCUUUGGGUUUUUUCAUCUCCUUCUCAAGGAUGUGUUUUGAAUUCUACAAAUGUAAACAUUGAAAAAUUAGGACAUUUAUUGCACCUCUCUACUCUUCACCCUUAUCUUUCCGGUUUAUUAGAAGCUAAUACAUACCUGGAAGUUAAAGUCAACAGCUGCUCAAGGACCUGCACUGUUCUACACUUUGUCACAUUUCUGUAACUAUCCACAAGGCCUCCAAGGUUAUGAUUUUCCUAAGGAAGGGCUUAUGUAAUUAGGCAUUCAUGAUACAAUAAUGUAUGUCCCUUUUUUGAGCUUGAGAACUUUUAAUGGCUUUUAAUCUUGCUUUGUACAAUUCUUUUGUGUAAAGGCAUUAAUGUGGAAGUGCAAUUUGGACACAGGCAGUCUGAACAUUAAUCACUCAGAUGUGGCUCCAUAGAUGAAUGAAAGCUCAAGUCUUUUUCAGCAGCAUUUUGUGAAGAAGGUUUCACACCGCCUUAUGCACUGUGUUUACAGUAGGAAGAAAACAAAAUUUAGUCUCAACUGCUGCCUCUAACAGGUCUUUAAAACCAUAUAGUCAUCUUCACAUGGCUGUGAACAACAGAGUCAGUGUGUGAAUAAACAGUUGGUUUCCCCUCCUAAGCCGUCUUCCUGUGCUCGAACUAUUAGGGCCCUAACUGACCUCUCAAAGAAGAAGAGAGUGAUUCCCGAGUGACGUCGUAAUAUCUAUAAGACAGGAAAUGUGUAGGGUACAGGAAGCCAACUGUUUGUACUCAGUUCUGCCCUGUUGUGGCAGGCAAGCCCAUCUGAAAAUGAAGCCUUGAAAACAAAAAGGUGUUGAAAAAUGACAGAGCGCUAAUGAGAAUGUUAUGCAAAUGAAAGGUAAGAGAUUUUACUGAAGCCUUAAACCUGUAUAUUGAUAUGCAAAAUGUAAACUAGAAGUAGCGUUUGAAAAGCAAAUGUUGAUACAUUAUGGGAGAAUAAAGCAAAUCAGAAACUUAUGUUCUGCACAUCUGUGCAUAUCAAUAAAAUUAUUCUUUAUUUCGUGUUGUA